AAUGGCAACUGGCAACGAGUUCGGGAUUCAUCGAAGACAUCGCGUGUCUGAAGAGUGAAGAUAGGUAAUAUUUUAAACGUCGGAUUUUCCGUCCUGCGGAAUCGCUCGAUCCGGACGCGAGUAUUGCGUGUGUAACGAUUCCAGCCGCUUCGCGAAAAUCGGGCACUUCCGGUCACCCGUCGUUAAAUUGUCGAAGGACCUGCCAAACGGUUCCUGCCGACAAGACUCUGUUACUUUUUCCACACGUGAUUCCUUGGCGGACUUCAAGACAUGUCGGCCCAGUGCUCGAAAACGGCGUGGCUGUCGUCGAAACUCAAACAAUUCGCACUAGACGAGGAGAUCUAUUUGAACUACAUCGAAAGCGUGUUGGACGGCGAAGAAGAUCGAUGCGAAAAAAUCAGCGCACUGGAGGCGAUUCUUGGAGAAGUAUUGAGUGAGAAUGAAGUGAAAACCCAAUGCAUGGAAAUAAUAGAAAUGUAUGACUCACAAAACGACAGUGGCGCUAGUGAAAUCAAAACAUCCAUAGAAGACACCGAAGAGGCUUUAGUUAAAUUGUUAGAAAACAAUAUAAGAACCGUUGUGACGGUUCCAAAUAAAACCAAUAAACUGAACUCGGAUGAUGAAGAUUCAGAUUUAGUUAAAAUUAGAAAAAAUAUUUUAAGUCAAUAUGCACAGAAAGAAGCAAAUUCAGAAGAAGAAGAAAGUGACGAUUUAGACAUAGAACAUAAUACUAAUGCUAGUUCUGUAUUAGCUUUAAAAAAAGAACAGAGAGAAAGAGCUAAAGAACAGAGUUUACGGAAAAAGGAAAAAGACAAAGAAGACAGAGAAAAACAAAAACAAUUGGCACAAGAAAGGAAAGAUGCUAAAAAGAAAAAAGCUCAAAAAGUCGAGAGAAAGCGUUGAAAUUCUAUAACAACAAGGUUUCUGUGCAGUUUGACAAGUGUUUUUUCGACUUAUCUAUUAUUAGAAUUUAGUUGACAUCCAAUGUUGGCAACAAUCGUCUCACAUUUUGAAAUAUUUAUCAACUUGUAUAUUAUGUUUGAUUGUUUGAAACAAAAAUGAUAAUAUGCAUGUUGUACAAAGACUGUAUUUUAAAAACAUUAACACCCAACUUAUAGAGCUUUAUAUUCAUAAAAUGAUUAUAAUGAAUAGUUAAGAAUUAAUUGUAUUUUUGUGGUUGUAAUUAAUGUUAAAUUCUACUAACAUUCGGUCCAAUACUGACAUAAAUAAAAUUAUGUAUGAAUAAAUAAUAACUAUUAAAGUUCAAGUUCCUUUUUAA